AUCUGGUUCACACAAACACAAACACAAAACUCGCUGUCGAGGGAGCGCAGGCGGUACAAAAGAAGAGAGAGGGAGAGACCACUGAAAGCUCACUCUCUCUUUCCCUCAUCUCAUGUAGUAGCCCUUGAAUAAUAAUCAUCUACUACAUAGAUUCUGUUUUUGCACCUCCAAAAUCUAUCUUAUCUGUGAAUCAAGCAAUCUUCUGUGUGUAAAUGGCGGAUGUGGUUGGAUUACCAUCCUUUCGCUCGCUUCGCGUCCCUUCUUAUCUGCUAGCCUCCAACAACUCUACUUCUCUCCAACCCCUCCUCUCUCAUAAUCAGAUUAAUUUUUCAGAUAAGAGGAUCUCUCUUUCUCGCUUCUCUUCCUCUCCCAGGGACCAAUUCCUCUCUUUCAAGGUACAUGCAACUGUUGCUGAAACUGACCAACCAAAAUGGUGGGAGAGGAAUGCAGGACCAAAUAUGAUGGACAUUCAUUCGACAGAUGAAUUUUUGAGUGCCUUAAGUCAAGCUGAGGAUAGGCUAGUAAUUGUCGAAUUUUAUGGGACCUGGUGCGCUUCUUGUCGAGCCUUAUUUCCCAAGCUCUGCAGAACAGCUGAAGACCAUCCUGAAAUUUUAUUCCUGAAAGUCAAUUUUGAUGAAAACAAGCCUAUGUGCAAAAGUUUGAAUGUUAAGGUGCUUCCUUAUUUCCACUUCUAUCGAGGAGCCCAUGGACAACUUGAAUCUUUUUCAUGUUCACUAGCUAAGUUUCAAAAAAUAAAAGAUUCUAUUGAGAUGCACAACACAGCCCGUUGCAGCAUUGGUCCUCCCAAGGGAGUUGGAGAGCUGACUCUUGAAUCUGUGUCAGCGUCACAGGACAAGCCAGUAGGAUCUACAUGAACAUACAACUCUUAAUUUAAGAAUUUGUCUGUAUAUGUGCAAAGGUGCUUCAAAUAACAUACUUCAUGGUGAGCUACCUACUGUUAUGUGUAUAUUCAGAUUGUUCUUAGUAAGAAAAUAGUUCGCCGAAGUUGCCAUCGCGCUUGCAUUCAUUGGCAUUCUUGUCCUGGCUAUGAUAUUUGUAUCUUAAUAACUCAAUCGGAAAUGAAGUUUCAAAAUCUGAAUAUGAUCGUGGCAAACGUUCGUUUUCUA